AUGUCACUUUGUUCCCGAGGCGCGAUACUCAGAAACACGAAGUUGAAUUUGUUGGGCCUGGCCUUAAACCCUGUCGCUCGCUUUUCAACUCAAAGCCUGUCGUUACGAUCUCGCAUCACGCCGCAAAACAAUGUCUUUCCAAAGCUCCACAGCCAAUCCCGUUGCUUUUCAGCAACUCCUUUUCAAUGUGAACAGCCUCCGCUCGAACCGUUAGCCAAUCUUCUGCCUGUAUGCUGUCCGGGUUGUGGUGCAUUCUCACAAACCGUCGAGGAAAACGAACCGGGAUACUACAAACCAUCACGAAAGCAAACCCGAAAGCUGCUGUCCGCGAUAAACGGAACAACGCCCAAAAUCGAUUUAGACGAGGCUUUUCCAGACGAUCUCAUCGAUGAGGCGGUGCCGCCCAAGCCCAUUCGAGAUGCGGCUUUCCCGGACGAUGCUGUCGAACCCGAAGACAAUUUCACUGGGUCGUCCAGAGACCGAAUUACUCAUGUCUGCGACCGCUGUCAUGACUUAAUACACCACAACAAAGCAGUGGAUUCUCCCAAGCCCACAAUUCUAUCAAUACGAAACUACCUGGAAGAAUCACCGUACAAGUGGAACCGUGUUUAUCAUAUCAUUGAUGCGGCUGAUUUCCCGAUGUCUCUCAUUGAGGGGAUUCAUUGGUCUCUCAUGCUCCAGCAGCAACGUUCGAAAAACCGACGGGCUCCGACCGAGAAAUUUCUACGUGGACGGAAACUUCCAACUAUCUCCUUUAUUAUCACCCGAUCUGACCUAUUGGCGGCGACAAAGGAGCAAGUUGAUUCGAAGAUGCAGUAUAUCCUCACGGAGCUCCGAGCUGCUUUGGGAAGAUCAAACAGAGAUUUCCGUCUGGGAAACGUACAUAUGAUCAGCGCACACCGUGGCUGGUGGACGAAGGAAGUCAAGGAAGAGAUCCGUGAACAUGGCGGUGGUAUCUGGGUUGUUGGCAAGGCCAAUGUUGGAAAGAGCAGUUUCAUUGAAGCCUGUUUCCCCAAGGAUUCCAGAAAUCUCGAGGAUGUUGAAGAAUGGAUGGAGCGUCGUCAAAAGCAAAAUACCCAAAACCGACGAACAGCACGUCAUGACCCUAACAGUCUCCUACCCCCUGCCCCUCCUGAAGACCUCUACCCUGUGCUCCCAGUUGUUUCUUCCCUGCCAGGCACAACGGUUUCGCCCAUUCGCAUUCCCUUCGGUCGAGGAAAGGGAGAGGUCAUCGACUUGCCAGGUCUGGAGCGUGGUCUUUUGGAAGACUUCGUUAAAGAUGAGCACAAGCGCGAUCUGAUCAUGACGAAACGAGUCAAGCCGGAACGCUGCACCAUCAAGCCGGGACAGUCACUUCUGCUGGGUGGCGGUCUUAUUCGGAUCACUCCUGUGAACCCUGAAGACACGGUCAUGGCAGCCAGUUUCCUGCCUCUUGAAUCUCAUAUUACCAACACGCCGAAGGCGAUUGAGAUGCAAGCCGAAGAGCGACAGUGUCCGGGAACUGUGAUAAUGAAAGAGGGCGUCGGAAGCGAAAUGUCCUCGGCGGGCAAGUUCGACUUGAAGUGGGAUACCACUUCAUCGAAUCUGCCUAUAACGCUCGCCAAGGCUGUGAAGGACAGAGGUGUUCCAAUUCCCAAUUUGCCAUAUCGAGUCAUGUCGGCAGAUAUUCUCAUCGAAGGAUGUGGUUGGAUUGAGAUCAGUAUCCAGAUCCGCACCAAGCGGAGCACUGAAGAAGAGCAUUCGUACCCUCAAGUCGAGGUUUUCAGCCCUAAUGGCAAACAUGUUGGAUCGCGACGUCCGAUCGAAUGUUGGAAUUUCAUUGCGGAUAAGCAGAGACUUGACAAGCGUAAGCGACCGGGCUCGAGAUCUUGA